UUGAAAUUGUAAAAGAACAACAACAAUAUGGCGGCAAGCGGACACAACAAUAGAAAGUGAAGCCGGAAACUUGAAAAUAAAAUAAAACUAGUAAAUAAAUUAUUUUUGAUAAAUAUUUUUUCGGUCUGAUGGAGGCCAUGCUUGCUAAUUACGGAACGACAAUUCAGUUGAUAGAUAAUGACCUAGCUCGUUCUAAUGAAGAGUUCAAAAAACAAAUGGAGAUGUCUAAUGAAAAUAAGAAAAAGAGAAUGAAAAGCAUUCUCAAGACGACUUUGACUAUGAUGAAGACUCCGGGUAACGUCCAAGAAACACCCGAUGAUUCAAGUGGAAAAACUUGGUGGGAGCAGUUCAAAGAUUCUGGUUAUCCUGAUGAUCAGUGUUUCGAAUUUUUCAGAUGUUCGCGUAAAACUUACGUCUAUUUGAUCGAAAAACUCAGCCCGUAUAUUGAACCGAGAGCUGGAAUGACAGUUCAUCAUAGAACUUCUAAAAAUGGCGUUCCGGUUGACAAGCAAAUAGCAGCAGUACUAUCAAAAAUAUCAAAUCGCGAUACAUUUGGAACGCUGUCGGCAAAAUUCAGCUUAUACAAACUGACUGUGCAUAAAAUAAUGCAAAGAUUCGUAGAUAUUGUAUGCAAGCAUCUACUGCCGCAGGUUGUAAAGAUGCCAGAUUCUGCAGAAGCUGUUGAAAUAGCAGCGACCUUUGAACAACAGACAAAGUUACCUCAAUUAAUCGGUAUCAUUGAUACUCUUCAUAUUCCUAUUUGCAACUCUUAUGGAAUGGCCGAUGCUUUCACAAAUUCAAAGAAUUAUUAUUCGUUUGUUGCUCAAACAAUUGUUGAUUCUAAAAAUUGUUUUAGAGAUGUCAGCAUAAGAUUUCCAGGCGCUAGAACCGAUAUUGAAAUAUUACAAGAUUCAAACAUCUAUAGGCUGCAUGAAAAAGUUAUUCCACCGGAAACCCAAAGUAUAAAUGGAAUGGAAAUUCCAUACUAUGUAAUAGGACCACGUUCGUACCCUCUAUUAUCAUGGUUAUUGACAGAAUACCCAAUGGCCACAACGAGCAAUGAUCUACUAUUUAAUUCUCACAUUGAAGCAGCAAGCCAACUUAGAAAAACAGCGAUUGAACGGAUGAGAGCACGGUUUGACAUAUUAAAUUACCCAAUAGACGUAAACAUCGGAAUACUUCCUCAAUUAAUCGGAUGCUGUUUUGCGCUACACAAUAUUUGCGAGCGACACGGUGAUUUCCUGUCGGAUGAACGAAUCAAGAGCUCCUUAAUCGUUGCCAGUAAUUAUGAGCAGCCGGAAAAAGUGCCUUACACUGAUAAAAAUAUGUGCCUAAAGGGUGUAAUUCAACGUGAUUGCAUUAGAAAUUAUUUUGUAACAUUAGAUGAAAUCGAUCAGUCAACAUUCGGGUACAUGGACUAUGAAAGCAUUGACUUCCUCACUGAAGAAGUUGUAUAACGCAAAUUAAAAAAUCUAUUAAUAAAAGUUAGCAAUGAAUUAU